AUCGUGAUCUGCUGUACCUACACUGAUCUGGUUGUGUGCAGUAAUCAGUGAAUAAUAUAUGACAAUUGGAAAAUGACCUAGGAACAUUUUUAUAACUGUAUUACGAAUGCAGUGAUUGAGCGAAGUGAUCAAAAAAUGAACCCGUUUGGAACAGAUAUUGAGGUGUGAUCACCGUUGAGUACUUCGACAAAACAAUGCUUAUGACCAAUGAGUUAAAGUCACGUUUGCACAAGGAAUGCGGAAAAGGCUUGAAUAUGGACUAACAAAUGAAUGGAACACCACCUACAAUUCAUCUGAUUUCCAAUGGAUAGUGAAUCGAUGAGGUCUAAAAACACUCUCCAUGGCUGAAAUAAGAAGAAAAAUAUUUUACCUAAAGGCAGAACUGCUACCAGCAUAAAUGUUCGGGACGAAACUCCGUACGUGGAUGGAAACGCACAUCGUGCGAUCUCGAAAGAAGCAGCAUCGCAAUAAAGAAGAUAAAAAAUCUGGCAAUUGUAGUAAACUCAUCGGCAGUUCUCCUUGUCAUAUUGAAUCCAACUCGUUUGAACGACAGUAUGGUAAAAAAAGUCCAAACUACGAUGGAAACAAAAGAGAUUGGGACUUACAAGCCACCGAUGUCAGUGCACCUGCCAAGGCCCCCAUGAGCCUUGGGCCCAAAUCACACGGAACCAUCAACAACCUUUCCUCCCCAGAGUCAGCCUACUCCACGGGAUACUCAACUGACGGAACGUCUCCCGGAGCAUCCUUCCCUCCGGAAUACUACAUAAACAUCCGGACAGGAACCCACUACUUCCAUUCCCAUCCGGGACAGCCUAUUUCGGGCAAAGUUACUUCACAGGUCGCAACUACCGAGGCCUACAAAGUGGGGUCGGUUCAGCCUACUGUGGCGAUAACGGUGGUGAGUCCACGGCCGGGGAGGCAUAAAAAGGAAGAUGGGAACAAGAAGAAGAGGAGUGAUCUUCCGGAAUCAUCUACAGAGGAAGACAUUGUCGAUAGGAUGGGGAAAGUGGUACACUGUGCACCUAAUUCCACGCCAAAGGUGAAAAACAAGCACAUACAUCCUCCUCAAAACAGUUUGCAUCGGAGAACGGAAUCAUAUGACGAAAGUCAACAGAGAGCUUCUAUCCAGAGUCAAGAAUCCGGAGAUUCCUUGUCUAGUGUUCCGGCAUUCCAGUGUACCUCUCCGUACCUACCAGGGGCCUCCCCUAGACAGAGGAACAGGAUUCGGACCAACCCUUGGCUUGCAGCCAAUCAGCCCAAUGGAGGUAAGUCGUACAAUUCCCAAGGAGAGACGUCGUCCACUGUUGGCAGCAGCUCCACCCUCUCGUCCAGUGGUUGUAAGCAAACCAGUGACGACACGUCUCAUCUGUCUCCUCGGUCCAGAGAGAAGAGGAGGCUGAUAAAGGAACAUCUUAGGGACGUAAAGAACUGCAACACUGCUGCUCUCUUUAGUCCUGUACUAAACGGUAAGAAGCACCUGAAUGCUGUGACAACCUGUUCGCCCCAGCCCAACCGAGCUUGUCACCAUUCGCUGAGGAGUCAUGCUCCGGCAUCUUCCUCUUCUUCUCCCUCAUCUUCCCCAAGCUCUGCCAGCGAUGACGAGCAUCAUGGCAAUACGAGCGACUUUUCUGACGAUGACGUCACACUGAACGAGAUGUUGGGGAAGUAUGACGAAAGUUACGUCUACGAGAAAGAGACGGACAUUCUGAGUGACAGUGACCCCACAGACUGUGAGGACCAGGGUGAUUACGAGGACCGAACAGAUAACAGCAAUUUGCCUGACUGCUUACGUCAAGAAGACCUUGACUUCAUUGACCACGGAUCUUUGGUUGAACUUGCACAUUCUGAUUCUGAGUUCUCCAGCAAAGCUCAACUGGUCGGCCAUUGCACCUACCAUCACCUGCCUGGCCACACACCUGAAGUGCUGCGGAAAGGCACCCAGCGAGUGAGAGAACCGCGGAUGAAGAGACAGUCUACCCACAAGUCUCGGGAGAGACGUUCUCGAAGGAGCUCUCGGAAUAGAACUGAGGACGGCAGGAAGAAUAUUGACUCCCCUUUGAUGGCUUCAAAGAAGAGACACAACUCUGGCUCUUGGAAUAGAAUUGACGACAGGCAGAAGAAUCCUAGCUCUCCUUUGAUGGCGUCACAAAAAAGAUGCAAUUCUGGAACCUAUAGGAAGUCCAGUUGUCAGAGUCUGGAAAACAACAACUCGUGUGAAGCAAUCCCUCAAACUCUCAGUCCUAUCCAGUUACAGAGGAGAAGAUGUCUCGGAGAGCAAGGCUCAAGACCUGGAGAAAUGCCGGGGAAAUAUGUUAAUCUAAAUAGAGUUCUAAUGGAAAGACUGAUAAAUAAUCAAAGAAAUGGAACAAGAAGCGCUGAUGGUACCCCAGUAUCCUUGAGAAAGAGAGGGGUUCCUUCUAACUACAAUGGGAAAUAUAUUAAAAAUCAUUAUAUAUCUAACUUGAUAAGCUCUGAUUCAAAUUUUAACGAGCGGAGAAAUAGCUUAGAAGACAAGCAUCAUCUAGGAUCAGAAGCAAAGCCUCGUUCAAAUUCUUUAUCGGUUCAUUCCAACCAGAGUUUACACAGUGUUCCAAGCUCUCCAGGGGCUGGAGUAGUCCUAAAUGACCAUGAUAAAGAAGGAGACUUGAAAUAUCGUCAACUGAUCCAAGAAGCUGAACACAUCAUUGAAGAUUUACAGGUUAAAACGAGAACUGAAUAUCUUUCUCCAACAUUCCGGACUAAAAAUGGAAUGGAACGUGCAAAACCUAGUAGUCCAUUAGUCUUCAGUGUUCCACCUAGUCCUUUGUCUCUGAGGUAUGAUAUUUAUAGAGACGGUGAUGAUAACCAAGUUUAUCCGAAAGAUCAUGAAUAUGUAAACAACAACACAGUUUUCGACCAACCUAUUUAUAGUGUCCCAAAAGAGAAGCCCAAUGAAAAUGAGGAAGGACUUUUCAAAACAUUGUCGAAAACAUUGGAAAAGAUUAUGUUGAGAGGUGAAUCGGACAUCAACAAAAAGCUUGAUAAAAGUGUGUCUGAUCCUUUUUCUAAAGGGAAGAAGAAAUUUGUUAUGCAACCGAGUCCAUCAAUGUUUGCAAACCAAAAGCUAGAACAUCAGAAUGGACAUAUCGGGUUCACUACACCAAAUUUGGUCCGAAGAUCAAGCACUGGAAAUACUCCUUCUAAACUGAGUACUUUUGUCAGUGCAUCUAGACUGAACCAGAAUGAAGUGGCAAACCAAGGUGUGUUCCGAAAGAUUUUCCGCAGGAACGAUAAAUACAAAACUACUUCCUUUGAUGAAAAUCUGGACAAACAUGACUUCCCUGAAAACGGGUUUUGUUUCAACACAGAAAUCAGCAAACUUUCCUGUAACCAUAUAUACGCUAAUGGAGAUGUAUACAAUCAAUCAGUGACUAAGCAAGAUAUACAGAACUCCAGGUACAUGCAUUCAGAGACCAGGAAUCCCCUCACAGACUAUAGUCCAAACGGCAACACUCCAACCUACGUUAACGGAUUUCAACACAUCCCAUGGCAGCAUCGAACCAGCCAAGCAGAAAGGUUAAAACAUUUAACCGAUCUUCAAAGUUCACAGAAGUGUAAAAUCGGUUCCUCAGAGCUUGUGGAGAAGAAACCUUCACUGGUUAGCUUCAGAUCUUUUGACCUCGGGAACAAGCAUGUCGUAAGUUCACGGUACUGCCCUCAAAGUGAGCCUGUGAAAAGAAAAAUUUACACUUGCAGUGCCACCUUCGAAAAACUACAGAAGUCAUUGUUGCGGAAGCAUCCUGAAAUACAACCUGCUAAAAAUACUCUCAAGGAAGAAGGAGUAACUGAGCAAGAAGAGGAUUCAAAUACUUCAGUAGAAUGUGACGUGCUGCAGUCAAAUACAUUUCAGCUUCAAGAAGAGUUUAUCAUGUGUAAAUCUCCUGGACAAAGUGAAAAAAUAGUUUUAAGUUCAAGCACUGGUGAAACUGGGUAAGUUUUGUAAAGUUUACGACUAAGUCAAACGUGAUAUUUCUGUAAGAACUCUUUAUACUGUUAUUUUUAUAACUACUUAGUAAGAUUACCAAACCCCUGCUUGGAUCUGAUCUGAUAUUCUUGCAUUUCUUGUUGAACAUUUAUUUUUAAGGUUCAUUGACUCUUGUUUUUAAGGUGUAAUAUCAAGUAUGAAUGGAUUGGAUAUAUUAAUCAGUUUACUGUUUUGGGCCUUGUAUAUUACAAAUUUUCUUGGUUCUUGGUUGAUUCAAUAAUGUUAUUGAUUUAAAAAAAUUACAUUGUACUCAAACUUAACUUGGUAGACCCACACAAAUGAUAAAUAAUUUUCAAUAAAGUAAAAAGUACUCUUGAGUUUUUUAGCCAGUAAUACAGUGAAGCCUUGAUGUCUUUUAAGAAAUACGUAGCAAAGACAUGUUUUGUUCUAUCGUAUAUUAUUUAUACAGUUUGCCUUAAGCCCUACUGCUACUAUGCUAAAUUGUAUUCAAAACCCAUAAAAAAAACAUCCCAUUCAUACUUGGUUGUUAGAGAUCUCACUGUAAAUAAUUCCUACCUUAAGAUGUAAAAUUACUAGAUAAUUUAUGCCAUACUAUCAUUUUGUAAAAAUUUGUUGAUAUUUGUAGUGUUUAGACAUGUUAAUUGUUAUAUUUCAAUUAAGAUAUAAUUUAUAACUAGAUAUUAGGGUUUUUUUAUUAUUUUUGUAUUGAUAAUUUAACUUAAGCUUUAUUAUUAGUUUUGUUUAGGAGGUGUGUGUAAAAAUUAAGUGUAUUCAUUCCUCAUUGUUUCAUCGGUGUGGCUUCUUAUUUUGUGGAUAUAAAGAUAAA